UCUUCUCAAUAAAAUGAAGAGUUUUAUUUUAUUUUUAUCAAUUUGUUUAAAAGUGUGCUUGUGUUGGCAUUUCUCACGACAAGAUAACGAAUUUAACUAUGACGUAAGUAUCACAAAAAAUCCCUGGGUGGUUAUGAUUGUGCGGAAUGGACAAGACGUCGUGUCAUAUGGAACUCUUUUUCAUGAAAGAGCUGUCGCAACAACUGCAGCAAUGAAUGAAAAUGAUAUUUUUCAACUGCAAGUUUUUGCUGAUUGUCAUUCUUUAGGUGAUCAACAAGAGAUUGAUCAUAGAAUUUGUAAACAUGUUAGAAACAUCAUUGAGUAUCAUGUUUUAGAAGAAUAUGUAUCGGUUUCGAGUUUCUUAAACCUAGAUGUUUUAAUACUUUCAAGUCCAUUCGAACUAACUCCAACUCUUAAUGUUGUACAUUUUGGUAAUUCUAUGACGGUGCAAUUAAACAAGUGUACUAUUCAGUAUCCAACAUUGGUGACCAAUCCAACAACUAACGAAACUGGAGCACUGUUUUAUCCAUCUUAUGAUAUAAACUUUGCGAGAGCACAAAUUGUAUUAAUCAGUAGUUUUUCGGGUUUGAAACUUUGGGAAAGAGUUAAGAUUUUACCUGGAAAUCCUUUACUUUGUAAACCUAAAAUUGAAACUGAUGAGUGGCAUGCUAUUGGCAUCAUAGCCCGAGUUAUUGGAAAAAGAAAUCGAUCUAUAAGAUUCGUAGAGCCAGCAGCUUUGGAUGUAUUGUUCGAAAUUUUGAAAAAUUCUUUUAUAUCUAGGGGUCAAUUGUAAUGAUGAUGAUGAUGAUCAUGAUUGAAAAAUAAAUAAUUUGAACGUAAAAUUUUAAAGGAGAA